AUGUCCAACUCCCUCCCUUCAAACCAUCCGGGGCCCAAAUCAACCUCCAAUCCAACCCCAACGACUACGGCCUCGCCCACACCCCACUAUUCUGCAGCAGCCCAGUGCUCUGCCGCCCCGGGGACUACCGAUGCUCUUCCCGACAGGGUGCAAGCCAAUGAUCCAGAAACAGACUCCUGCGUCACAUUGGUGGUACCUGCGCCCUCAUCCACCCGGUCCGAAGUCUCUUAUCAGGAACCCCUCUCCCUCCCCAGCACCUCCUUCGUCAUCUGUCUUUGGCCUCUCCCGAAGAAAUUGGACGCCUGCCUCCAGCAUUACGGCCUGCUGGAAACCAUCCCCGAACAAGAGCUCAAACCAUUUGCUUUGCGGGCGUUCUUGAGGAACAGUCGCCUGAAUGUGUUGAGGCCGAUCAGUCCAUGA